CAGACGGGCCAAGUGGCUGGGACCCGUGUGGGGCCAGGGACUCUGCCUGCGCGCCAGCGAGCCCCGCAGCUCUCGCCCAAAGCCUUUGGAUCAAGGGAGAAAGCGAGCCGGCUGCUGGCUUCGGACUCUAAGCGGUGCGCAGCUCGCGCCCGGGGGCCUCGGCCCUGAACCCGGGAAGGGCUCCUCGCGUCUGCCAGCUCACCAAAGCGCAGCCAGGGGAGGCAACCGGAGCUGAACCGGCCGCAGGUUUUUAGCAACAUGAAUGCAGGGUCUGGAUCUUACCUAUCAAGAGUUUAUCUCCAGCACCUAAUGCCUGGAAUAUAGGUCAAAUGUUUAUUUGGCUACUUGGCUACUGAUACAAGAACACAAAAUGAAUAACUCAACAAAUUCCUCGAAUAAUGGCCUGGCUCUUAGCAGUCCUUAUAAGACCUUUGAAGUGGUAUUUAUUGUCCUUGUGGCCGGAUCCCUCAGUUUGGUGACCAUCAUUGGGAACAUUCUUGUCAUGGUUUCCAUUAAAGUCAACCGCCACCUCCAGACCGUCAACAAUUACUUUUUGUUCAGCUUGGCCUGUGCUGACCUCAUCAUAGGUGUUUUCUCCAUGAAUCUGUACACCCUAUACACUGUGAUUGGCUACUGGCCUUUGGGACCUGUGGUGUGUGACCUUUGGCUAGCCCUGGACUAUGUAGUCAGCAACGCCUCAGUUAUGAAUCUGCUCAUCAUCAGCUUUGACAGGUACUUCUGUGUCACAAAACCUCUGACCUACCCAGUCAAGCGGACCACGAAAAUGGCAGGUAUGAUGAUUGCAGCCGCCUGGGUCCUCUCCUUCAUCCUCUGGGCACCAGCCAUUCUCUUCUGGCAGUUCAUCGUUGGGGUGAGAACUGUGAAGGAUGGAGAAUGCUACAUUCAGUUUUUUUCCAAUGCUGCUGUCACCUUUGGCACUGCCAUCGCGGCCUUCUAUUUGCCAGUGGUCAUCAUGACCGUGCUGUAUUGGCACAUAUCCCGAGCCAGCAAGAGCAGAAUAAAGAAAGACAAGAAAGAGCCAGUGGCCAACCAAGACCCAGUUUCUCCAAGUCUGGUGCAAGGAAGGAUAGUGAAGCCAAACAACAACAACAUGCCCAGCAGCGACGACGGUCUGGAGCACAACAAGAUCCAGAACGGCAAAGCCCCCAGAGAGGCCGGGACUGAGAACUGCAUCCAGGGGGAGGAGAAGGAGAGCUCCAACGACUCCACCUCCGUCAGUGCCGUCGCCUCUAACAUGAGAGAUGAUGAAAUAACUCAGGAUGAAAACACGGUUUCUACUUCCCUGGGCCAUUCCAAAGAUGAGAACUCUAAGCAAACAUGCAUCAAAAUUGUCACCAAGACCCAAAAAGGUGACUCAUGUACCCCGACUAAUACCACCGUGGAGCUAGUUGGGUCUUCAGGCCAGAAUGGGGAUGAAAAGCAGAACAUUGUAGCCCGUAAGAUUGUGAAGAUGACCAAGCAGCCUGCAAAGAAGAAGCCUCCUCCUUCCAGAGAGAAGAAAGUCACGAGGACGAUCUUGGCUAUUCUCUUGGCUUUCAUCAUCACCUGGGCCCCGUACAACGUCAUGGUGCUCAUUAACACCUUCUGUGCACCCUGCAUUCCCAACACAGUGUGGACCAUCGGUUACUGGCUGUGUUACAUCAACAGCACCAUCAACCCUGCCUGCUACGCACUUUGUAAUGCCACCUUCAAGAAGACCUUUAAACACCUUCUCAUGUGUCAUUACAAGAACAUAGGCGCCACAAGGUAAAACAUCUUUGAUAAAGAGGAAGGUAGGAAAGGAUACAAGGGGUAAAAAGAGCUCCUAGUUUUAAAAUCUCUGCCCUUGCACUUUAUAGCCUAACUAUGGAACUUGCAAUUCAGGAGCCCAAUAGCCGCACUCUUACCAAGCCUAUGCUCCAGUUUGAGAAACUAGCACCUUGUACAACUGUCUGUUUAGGAGCAGUGGGACAAUGAAAGAGAUGUGUUGGAAUUGUGAUUCAAGGAAUGAUCUACGCUUUCUCAUACUCUCUUGAAGAAGGGCUUCUGCGUCUACCAUUUUAUCAGUCUGCACAAGAAGAAUAACCUCGUUCCUUUUUGUUGUUAUCUCAUGUGUCCAUCUGAGGAUGAAAUGUACAGUAACAUGCUUCCAUGGAGACUUAAACACAAAAACAAGAAACUCUAUCCAAGGAGGAAGUGAAGAAAGAAAAGUUGCACAUAAAAAAAAAAAUAGAUACAGAAAUGAUCUCCAGAGUGUUAAACAUGAUUUAUCUUUUUGUUAUGGUCUUAUUUGGAGGAUUUCAAUGUAAUAAAUGCUACUUUUUUCACCUUUCCUUUACCCACCAUGAAGAAAAAGCAAACAAACAAAAAAUCCAACUAGGUCUCACAGCAUUUUUUUUUUCAAUUUAUGGUGUUAUUUUUUGUAAUUCUCUGUUCUGCAUUGUUUAUGGGCAAUCCUGUCGGACUUUUGCUAAAUGCAGCCAGAGAUGCCACAAAAAUGGGCGCUUCAGCC